AUGAAGCUCACUCUGCUCACACUGACUGCCAUCGUGGGCUGGGUUACUGCCAUGCCCCAGGAACAGCCUCAAGUCCCACAGAUACCGGCAGUCUCAACCUCCCUCCUGACCAUCACUGUAACCGGUCAACAGCCUGCACCCACCGUUCCGAUCCCCAAUAUCCCUGUCCCCAUCCCCGAACCAGUGCCCGUGCCAGUACCGACAUCCCCGGUCAACCCGCCAGGGCCGCCGACUCCUGGCGUCCCCGAUCCCGCUCAGCCUGCUCCCGCCGGCGCCCACUGCGUUUGCGGCGCCACCUACUGCGGCAAAGUCCUCGUCGGCUUUCAAGGCUACACUUCCGAGCAACUCGGUCAGGGAUACUGCUCUACUCCGGGCACCAACUGCGGCGCCGCCGCACCGGCUCCCGAAUCUCUCGAAGACACUCUCUUCGUCUGUAUCUGUCCUCCCGGUCAAAAGGAGGGGAGCACCAUUGAGCUCAUAUGCCCGUGCCAGGGCCGCUGCAAGAACGAUGAGCCCGACUUCAUCGGCCGCUGCGAGAAGCCUUGCAACCUCGGCUGCGGCCCGGCCACGUCAGGCGCAACCGGCUCUCCUGCGCCUGCUCCAGCACCGGUUCCUGUUCCCAUCCCGGCUAUUCCGGUUGAGCCUUUGCCUGCCCCCGCCCCUCCCAAAAGGGGGAAACGUUCGUGA